AUGCAGAUAGUUAACCCAGUCGGCUGGUACGGACUUGGCUCCAUGGGCCUGCCAAUGGCCCUGAACCUGCAUAAGAAGCUGCAGUCACAUGGGUCCAGCUUGACGUUCUCCAACCGGACGCUUUCCAAGGGUGCCGAAUUGGUGGAUGCAGGGGCUGUUGCGAAAAGCAGCAUUGUAGAAGUUGUCCAAGCAUGUGAUGACAUCUUCACUAUGGUUUCUGCCGAUGCAGUCCUCCAAUCAUUGGUGGACGAGCUUCUAGCCAGCGGUAAUAGUCUUAAGGGCAAGACUUUGAUCGACUGUUCCACCAUUCAUCCCGAUACGGCUGCAUUGGUUUCCGAGAGACUAGAGGCUGCAGGUGCCUCAUUUGUUGCUGCUCCUGUCUUUGGAGCAAGUCCCGUGGCUCAAGCAGGGAGGCUUGUAUUCGCCAUGGCCGGUCCCCAAGCCGCACUUCAGCGUUUGGAGCCUCUGGUUGUUGAUGUCAUGGGAAGGAAGGUUAUCAAUAUGGGCAGUGAUGUUACGAAGGCGCCUAUGUUGAAAGUUACAGGCAACGUUCUUCUGGUUGUCUUUCUCGAAGCAAUCUCCGAAACUCAGGUCCUCGCCGAGCAAAAUGGCAUUGGUAUGACGGCCAUGGAAGAGCUAAUCUUCGAAGUCUUCGGACCGGUUCUCGGAAGCUACUCACGCCGACUGACGAGUGGCUCUUGGGCACCAAAGGAGGGCGCGGCUGGGUUUGCUGUUUCCAAUACCAUCAAAGACGCGAAGCAUGCCCUGCGAGUGGCCAACGAUCUCGGCGUCAGAAUGCCGGCUCUAGACAUUGCAACCAACAACAUGUUGAGCGCAAGAGCAUUUGGAGGGGAAAACCUGGAUGGUGCUGCGCUCUACGGCACUUUGAGAUCGCAGGCUGGCCUGCCAUUUUGGUCAGAGAACAGCCGCCAAGAAUGA